UAUUCAUUGUGGCUAUACUGUUUUAGAGAGAAGGACAUAUCCUGCAAUAGUUUUCGUUUACAUUACAAUUAAGCCAACAAGGUAAAAUUUUGUUGAGGAGGAUAAGAAUACUGGAAUGGAGAGCUACAUUUAUGGAAUUGGAAUUGCAGUCCUCAUUUUCAAGAUUUUGCUUUGGAUGUGCAUCUGUGCAAUUCGCUCUAACAGAAGAGAACACCAGCGAAAAAUAUAUAUUCAGUCAAUCCCAGGAAGUGGCCAGAUUCGCCGUGUAUCAAAUACAAGACAGAUUAAAGAUAAUGACAGGGCAUCAAUUGUGAAAAAUGAGGAGAUACCACAAUCAUACUAUCCUCCUGGGAUUCCCCCUCCAUAUACAGAUAUCUACCCCGCCAUGAACCGAGAACAGCCAUCAAGAAUUGUCUAGAGGACAUCUUGUGUUAAGAAUGAAUAGUCAUAAUCUUUAUACAUGCACUUUUACUAGUUUCCCCAAGUAAUUUCCUGUUCUUUAUAACAUGAUCUUCAAAAAAUUAAAAGUUCAUACACUUUUGUUAAUAGCUUUAGUCUUGGGGAUUUAAAUGGUUUUUUGCUGCUAGGCAACAUUUAUUUAAAUAAGGCUCUGAUCGUCUGCUAAAAUUUUCAACCCUAACAUUAAUACUUUAAAUGUUUAUUGUCUUGAAAACCCUCUUUUAGUUAAUUAUCAAGUUUGAUGAAAAUGUCUCUGGUUUUUGAAAUACAUGAAUACUAUUUACAAAUAAAGAUUGAAAAUUCGCUUGAAUACAGAUAUUUGUCAGAAUAAGAUAAAAAGAAUCAAGUCUAGUCUCGAGACCAUAAACUGAGAACAGACUUAAGUCAAAAUUUUGAUUUUGAAUAUCUACAGUUAAAACAGAGACAUAUAAGUGAACUAAUGUGCAUGAAAAUUUGCAUGUUUGUGUAAUUCACAAGUUCAUACUCAAGUUGAAAAUUUUGUUCAUUAUCCUAAUUAUUUAAAAAAAUAUAUUGAUUUGAAAUUUUGACUUUUGAAGUCUGUUCUCAGUUUAUAAUCAUGGAGUCUAGUUAAAGUUAAUGACAAUGAUGAAAUCUGUAUAGUAGUGUGAGAAUAUAACAAUAAAAUUUGGAUGUUAAAUGUUUACAACUUUCUGAUGGAUCACUUCUGUAAAUAAAAAAAAAACUAAAGAAGACUGAUAACAUAAAAUUAAUACGUUGACGAUUGAACAUUAUGUCACGUCUAUACUGUAGUAUGCUAAUUAAAUGAAAUGUUUAUUGUUUCUUGAAGACCUGUUCAGUAUUCUGUCGAUUUUGUUUGCUUUUAACAUAAAUAAUUUAAUUUUAAUACAAAUACAGAUACUUAUCUAUAAUAUUGUUUAUGUUGUAAUCAUUAUAUUGAAGUGAA